UGUAAAGAAGCGCCGGUGUUCAUUGAAUGAGGCAGAAUUUAAAGUAGUGUUUCUGUUUGUUUUAUGUUUUAAAAUCGUUUUUAGUAACCCAAAAAUAACCCGGAUUGAAAAAAUAAAGUUCAGACUGAAAUCUGCACGUUACCGAUAGGUGGGGGUCUGGCACAGGUAGUGGGGUGCAGGUGGACCAUGAGAGAUAGUGGUGGAAGCCUGGCACAGAAUCGCUGGCAGAGUGAACUGGCCCUGGCUGGGGGUCAGGAAGGCAGUGCGGGAGGGGGCCUCGCAGGGGGACAUCUCCUGGACCCUGCCUCGACUCACCACGCCCCCAGUCCCAUGCACCUGAAGCUAGGCCGCCAGGCUGGGAUCUGGGGAAUGGAGUACAUGGACCAGGAGGAAGAGGAAGAGGAAGAUGGUGACAACGACGAAGAAGAAGAGGAGGAAGAGGAGGAGGAGGGGGUUGAUUAUGAGGGUGGAAGCUGGGGAGAAGAAGCGGGGAUGGAGUGGGGGGCACCACCGCAGUCACCGCAGAGGCAGCACUGGCCUCAGCUGCAGCAGCAGCAGGCCGGACACAAAGCAGGGGACUCGCCUGACGGCCCUGCUCAUUCGCCCCUCAGGGUGUUUAGACCGCUUGGGCUGAAGCGCUGGCGGAGGCACCGGACUCUUGGCGGCGCGUGGGGUCGUUUGGCCCAGCGCUGGAGGGCCUGGCGCCAGCGGGCCCAGAGAGCGGGGACUCUGGGGCACAGGAGGACGAGGCGCCUGCGGCAGUGCGGCCUGUUUGGAGGGCGGCAGCAUCAGAGGCUCGGGACCCCCCAGCCAGCAGAGACGCUCCUGAAAGGCCUGCCACUCACUCUGCAGAGGGGACCCAAGACAGACUCCCAGUACUGUGGUGUGAACGGUUUCCCAGGAGACUUCCAGAUUAGUCAGGCGGUAGGCACGAGGGGGCGCGAUUUGAUCCCCGAGGCACUGGCAGAUGAGCCCACGGGCCCACGGGACAAGCCCAGCUCCCAGAGCAUGCAGAGCGCCCUGACCGACGAACAGCUGACAUGUGUCCAAGGGAUCUUGGACGAGUCCCUGCAGCAGUAUGGCAGCCUGAUCCCCAUCCACGUGGACGAGGUGGUGGAGAAGCUGCAGGACAUCUUCAAUGAGAGUUUCUCCCAGCCUCACAGGAAGGCGGUGGUGCAGCAUUUGAUCCUCCAGCGUUUGUCAAGCAGUGCCGUGGUGCGCGGGUUCCGUGUCAACUACAAGCGCCAUGUCCUCACCAUGGAUGACCUCAGCACUCUGUAUGGCCAGAACUGGCUCAACGACCAGGUCAUGAAUAUGUACGGGGAUCUGGUGAUGGACUCUGUGCCUGAGAAGGUUCACUUCUUCAACAGCUUCUUUUACGACAAAUUGAGGACAAAAGGCUACGAGGGGGUCAAACGGUGGACAAAAAAUGUUGACAUCUUCCGGAAGGAUCUGCUGUUGAUCCCCAUUCACCUGGAAGUGCACUGGUCGCUAGUGUGCGUGGAUGUCCCCCGCCGGGCCAUCACGUACUUUGACUCCCAGCGCACCCUCAACCGCCGCUGCCCUAAGCAUAUUGCAAAGUACCUCCAGGCAGAGGCUAUCAAGAAAGAGCAGAAAGACUUUCUCACCGGCUGGAAAGGCUUCUUCAAAAUGAACGUUGCCAGACAGAACAAUGACAGUGACUGUGGGGCUUUUGUUCUCCAGUACUGCAAGUGUCUGGCUCUGGGACAGCCCUUCAGCUUUGGCCAGCAAGACAUGCCCAAAUUGAGGAGACUCAUGUACAAAGAACUGUGUCACUGCAAGCUCUCGCUGUGACACGAAGCGAAGGAGUGGGGUGUUGCAACAGAAGCCACCCACCUCUCUUCUUUUGACAAUGAGAGACUUUUACUCAAUGGACAUUUCUUUUGUGCCCUUGUAAUUAAUUAUCCUGCCCACAUGUGUUUUUAUUUUUUUUAAUUCUUGUGAUCGUAUUUUUCUUCACUGAGGUUGACCAAGGCCAAGGCCUGUGUCCUAUUUCAGAAUGUCUAUGGAGGGGAGAAAGUACAGUAAAAGGUGGGUUCGGCCUUUGAGGAUAUCUGUAUGGACUGUCACUUUUGAGGCUGGCUGAGAGAAGGCAUGCUUGAAGUGGAACAGUAAUGACUUCAUUUCAGUUUCUCUUUUUAUGUCAGUAACUGGUAAACUAUGCUCAUUGAGAAAGAUGGGGAAGGGGUGAUAAUUGUUUUUUUUUUUAUUUUUGAAUAAAUAAUACCUGAAAACUCAUAUGUCAUAAUGGACUGUGUCAUCUACAUAGAUACUGGUAUAUAUAUUUCAACUAUGGGCUACUGUGUUCAUAACUUAAAUGUUGCUGAUAUUCUUUUUUUUGG